GAAUAGGUAGCGUUAGCCAGGGAGCAGGCCUGACCACCGGUGCAAGUCAAAGAGACACCCAGAGGACACUUGCUGGUCCUGGCCGUUCUUAUUUCGUGAGUACACUGUUUCCAUGAGACAUGCACAGCUUUGUUCGGCCAUUCGUCCCUCCAGCUAGCAGCCGCAGCUAAAACAGAUGUGACAGCUAACUAGCAAGCUUAGCCAGCUAGCUGUGGAGCUGCUGAGCAUCCGCACCGGCGCUGAGGAGAGCGAACAUCACCACUAGUGUGCACGUCCCGACCUGCCACUUUACCCCCCUACCAGCCAUUAAUGUCGUGAUACAACCCGUCUAAAGCUAGUCUGCAGACGUACCACAAGGAGAGAUGUAUCAGCUCCCAGUGAACAACCUGGCAAGAAUCAGGAGAGCCAGGAAACAAGUGAAAAAAACACUUGGAGACAUUGGACUUGAGUUCUGUAAGGAGGCAGCAGAGGAGUUCAAAGACUUUUGUCCCAACGAUCAAUAUGUAAAGAGCACUCUUUGCCUUGAUAUCUGUGGUUGGGAUCCAUCAUACUCUAAAACACAGGAAUACCGAUCAAAGCCAUUUUGCUGCACAGAGUGCCCAUUUUCUUCCAAAUACUACUCAGGCUACAAGAAUCACUUCCGCAGCGUUCACAGAAAAAUUCUUGACAACAAAAUCCUCCUCAACUGUCCAUACUGUGCUUUCACUGCAAGCAAGAGAACUUUGGAAACACAUGUUAAAAUAUUCCACAUAACCAGUUCAGCACGUCAGAAUUAUGGGAGCUUACAAGCAAGUGUACUGGGAAGGAAGGACAAAACGUAUUUUGAAAGAGCCAGACAAGGAGAUGGUAUGGAGAAAGCGAUGUACUUUUGCAAAAAAUGCACGUUCCGGGACACUUUGUACAAUGUUGUGAGAAGACAUAUCUACAGGGAACAUUUUCGGCAUGUUGUAUCACCUUAUCUUGGUAUGGUUUCUGAAUCAUCGGUUAAAAAUGGUGCUAAUUCUGUCAAUGGCAACAACAUCCUCUGUAAACGAUGCCAGUUUUCCACUCGUAGCUACGAGGCUCUAGUACAGCAUGUGAUAGAGUACCAUGAGCGCAUUGGUGCUCAAGUUACCACUAUGAUUGGACAUGCAAAUAUUGUUGUCCCCCGGCCACAGUCUUUGCCAGUCAUGUCUCGGAAGGGUUCUCUGAUGAUGAGUAGGGGCCACACACUUAGACCUGAGCCAGUCCCACAGCCAGUAAUUGGCUAUUUGAAGCCAGUGGCCACUGGCGUUAAAAAACAGUCCUCUGGCCCAACCAGUCAGGUACGUGUUGCGGUUCCUGGCAGCAGCACAGUUCCUGAAAAUAGUGCUGUUGGCGUAAACACAGCCCAAACACAAAAGUGGAAGAUAUGUACUGUUUGUAAUGAGCUCUUUCCUGAAAACCUAUAUAGUGCUCAUUUUGAAAGCGCACACAAGGCAAAAAAAGUGUGGGCGCUGGCCAAGUACAUCAUGAAAAUCCACAACUUCACCAGCAAGUGUUUGCUUUGCAACCGGUACCUGCCCAGUGAUACACUACUUAACCACAUGCUAAUCCAUGGGUUAACCUGUCCACAGUGCCACUCGGCUUUUCACAAUGUUGAGAAAAUCAUCGAGCAUGUAGCUUUGGCCCACCCUGAUGAGUUUGUUGGACCUCCAGGCGCAUCACCUUUAACCUUUGAUCUCACCAUUAAACAAGAUAAGUCCAGUAACGUUCAGCUUGCUGUUCUCACUUUUAACAUGAAGGAACCUAUCAAUGGGCAAGAUCAUUCUGCACCUGUUCAGAAUAGUAUUCCUCCUCUUGUCAAGCUUCCUGCUCCUAGAAUGAUUGAGAAGAAAAACGAACAGCUUCCUAGAGGUUUCCCUUCAGUAAUUAGCAAGAGUGAGGUUGGCAAGACUGUAUGUCCGCUGUGUUUCACCAUCCUCAAAGGUCCCAUCACUGAUGCUUUGGCCAUGCAUUUGAGGGAGCGACAUCAAGUGCUCCAAACAAUGCAUCCUGUUGAAAAAAAGAUGACAUACAAGUGCAUUCACUGCUUAGGGGUGUACACUAGUAAUAUGGUAGCAUCCACAAUCACUCUGCAUCUCGUGCAGUGCAGGGCUGUUGGUAGGAACCAGGCAAGCCAAGGCUUCAAGUCUGCCUUGACACUCAACUCAUCUGGGGCCGGCUUCCUCAAGAGGCAGCUUCCACUGCAGGUCAUGACCAACCCCAAGAGGAUGAAACUGGGCAAGGACACUAAGAUUUCUGCCUCCACCUUUGGAAAUCAGGCCGAAUCUGAUGGCCUUGCUCUGGAUCCCAGAAGCUAUGAGCACAAGACCUAUGAAGCCAGGAAAAAUUUCCUGACAGCAUACUUUAACCGGCGACCAUACCUUUCUCCUCGAGAGGAGGAGAAGCUGUCUGCAAGUUUGUGGCUCUGGAAGUCUGACAUUUCUAGUCACUUUGCAGCAAAGCAACGGUUGUGUGAAAGAAGUUGUGAGACCAGGAGCGUUUCGGUGCUGCUCGGCUUUGACAUGCAGGCUCUCAAGAAGGUUAAACAUGAUUUGAUUUUUGAGGAGAGAAAGCUUGAUCCCACCUCAACAGGGAAGUCUACAGGCUUCAAGUCUGGUACUCCAAACACAGACCAAAACAAGCAGUGUGAGACACUCAACUGUACCCUGAAACUCAGUACAUGCACAGAGACCAUUUCCAUAGACUCUGACAGUGAACCAGAGAUGGAGGAUAAACCUGCUGAGAAUGGAAACGUUAACACAAACCAACAUGAGAAUGUACAAUCUGAGGAGCUGAUAAACCCGACAGAGGAUACAGAACCUGCAUAUGUGGAUAAUGAUUCUAAAGAGAAGGAGAGCUCCUUGCAAGAUGGAAAAGCAAAUGCCUGGAUGACUUUUUGUUAGUGUCCCUGCUCAGCAGUGUGCCUUGGAUGAGUAACAGUUCAGUUUUAAAGGAGUGUACAAAAAAUACUGGUCAAAUGGCAUGUCUCACAAAAACUUUUCCAGAUGAUGACAACCUAACCAGUGUUUGAAAGAAAGAAAAAAUGUUACAUCAUGGCGCAUAAAUACUUGGCAUAUGUAAGUGACAUUGUAUAUAGUUUAGCCAUUGUCCUUUGUUAGUUUCUUCAUACGAUCUGUUAUUCACCAGUUACCUGUCACACCUUAUAUUAGAAAUGGUUAUCACAACCUAAAUACUCACUUUUUUUUUCUCAAGUGUGACAUUGAACUGUAUCAUACUAUCAUUUCACAUUUAGAAAUUGUAGGAUAUGAUCAUUGCUUAUGUACACGUUUUAAUAAAUUUCAUUUGUUUAAUAAAAAAACAUUUUAUUGGAAAUCAA